AUGUCUGUUGGGCAAAGCUCAGUUGUACAAUCCAUCAAUAGCUUCUUUCUGCGAUCCGGAUUGACAGCCCAAGACCAACUCGAUUGCUACACCUUUGUCCAGAAGCUCUAUCCGAACAAAUCUAUUUCACCAGCAACAUGCCAGGGCUACUGCUCACUGACAGUCUUCGUUGGCGACGAUACAGUUAUACAGUUCCGUCCCUCGAAUUACCGACUGGAUCUGCGAAUCACUUCGGCCGCGCGAGAUGUUUAUGGUAGAUUCGCUCCUAAGACGGAAUAUAUUGCUACACUUCCAGCGUCGGACUUGUUGGUCUACCGAAUGGAAAAGAUUGGGGGCAUACCAUUCAAGGAUCUGCUAUAUAGAGGUGCCAUCUCUGGGAGAUCAAUGUCCGUCAGGGUAAGGCUGUGCAGAGACUUUGCUGUCUUUCUCUCGAAAUCAUGGCACCGAAGCUCGACCGAGCAUCUGCCUCUGGGAACCGUGGGCAGAAGCAUACGUGCACGCCUCAUAUCUCUUACCGAGGACUUGCCAGUUCGAUUCCGGGCCAGUGCGCGGCACGUACUGGUAGGCCUACAUCGCAUCGAGGCAUUACCGUGGGUAUUGACCCAUGGCGACAUUGUGGCUGCAAAUAUCAUGGUAGAUCCUUCAUUUGGGGUAUUGACUGGUCUUGUGGACUGGGCUGAGGCUGAAAACCUUCCAUUUGGAAUCUGUUUGUAUGGAGUUGAAGAGAUUUUGGGAGAAAUCACACCGACUGGGUUCCAGUACCGACCUGACGCUGAGUAUCUUAGAGCUAUUUUCUGGGCCGAGUUGAAGAGAUCAAUCCCUGCUUUGGGAGUAAGUCACAUCUUUGAAGCCGUGAAGCUUGCCAGAGAUCUCGGAGUUCUGCUUUGGCAUGGCAUUGCCUUCGAUGAUGGUGCAAUUGACCGAGUGGUACAAGAAGGCCGCGAUGUUGACGAGAUCCACAAGCUGGAAGCAUUUCUCACGCUGGGCGAUUGCUCAAGGCUGGAAGAGUCAAAGCUCGAGGGAGGUUGCCCGAAGUUGUGA